AUGGAUAAACAACAGGAAUUAGGUGGAGCACAAGCUCUAUUAGAAUUGGGGAGUAAGGUAAAAGGUGAUGCCAACGAUGAAUCUGAUAAGGUGAGAGAUCCAAAAGCUGAUGAGUCUAUGAAUGACAAUGAAAAUCACACUCAAGAAUCUAAUGAACAUGAAUCACAUCCCACAGAUCAUGAUGAGUAUGAUUCCAAAGCUACUAAUCAGCAAAUUAAUGAUGCUGUAGAAGCUGCCGUGAUGAAGUAUGUCGGUGGUAAUUUAGACGAAGAUAGUCCUCGUAAGAAACGGAAGACAACUGAUGAUUUUUCCAAUUUGGGAGACUUCCAAAAUUGGAAUUUCUUAGAAGAAGAAGAGGAAGAUCAAAGAAAGAAGAAAAGACAGAAUAAUCAUGAAAUUGAUCCUGAAUUAUCGAAUUUAAGUGAACAUGAUCCUUUGAGAGCUGCAAUUUUAGAAACAAGAGAAUUUGCUAAAAAUUUAGGUGCUCCCUAUACAGCUAGUCAAAUCCAGCAAGUUAUAAAUUCUUUACACAAUCAACAGCCAACAUCAGCAGCAUCUACUAAUCAAACCUAUCAACAGUUACAAGCUAACGAAAUUUCAAACCUUCAAAAGAAAUUUCAAAAGACUAGUGAACCAAUUGGUAAUGAGUUUCCUAAUGGAUUCCAACAUAUAACAUCCAUUGAACAAUUAGCUGAUGAAGCUGCUAAGAUUACUAUGAAUUGGUACAAGACUGUUCCAGAAACCAAAGGGCCAAGACCUUUUUCCAAGGAAGAAUCACAAGCGAUUGAAUUCUUCAUCAAUGGUUAUGGAUAUUUAUUCAGAAUGGAUAGAAAGGAAGUUUGUAAUAGAAUUUGGACUCCAGAAAGGAAGAAAGAUAAUUUCUGGGAAUAUCUCACCAAGGUAGUUCCUUACAGAUCAAGAGCAUCUACUUAUAAACAUGUUAGAAGACAAUAUCAUCCAUUUGAUGUUAGAGGUAAAUGGACUCAAGAAGAAGAUGAAAAGUUAAGGCAAUUAUCUUUAACUAAACAAAGUAAUUGGAAAGAAAUUGGUGGAAUCAUGGGUAGGAUGCCAGAAGAUUGUCGUGAUAGAUGGAGAAAUUAUCUCAAAUGUGGAGUUAAUAGAGUUGAAAAUAAAUGGAGUGCCGAAGAAGAAAAUAAAUUGAAACAAGUUGUCACCGAUAUGUUAACCAAACAAAAAGUGACAGCCAUUAAUUGGACAUUGGUAAGUGAGGCCAUGGAUGGCACUAGAUCAAGAAUUCAAUGUAGGUAUAAAUGGAAUAAGUUAAUUAAAAGAGAAUCCGUCAACAGAUCAUCGUUUAUGGAUGAUAAUACUAAAUUAUGGUUAUUUGAAACCAUGAAGAAAUUGAACUAUGACAAUUUGAGUGAUGUAGAUUGGAAUUUGAUUUCUAAAUUAUAUGACGAUGAAUUUAAAAUUCAACCUUCAAAUUGGUUGCCAACAGAUUUUCAAUUUGGUUUUGAUAAAUUCAAGACAAUUGUUAAAGAUUAUAAAAGAAUCACCUUAUCUGAACUUUUAGAAAAACUUAUUAAUGAAAUUUUAUCUCGUCAAAGGAGAGAUAAGAAUCCUGACGAUAAUAACGAUCGAGAAUAUUUAUGGAGACAAUAG